GCGAGAACGCGCGGCAAUACGCAUCGCGCUCUAUUUGAAAACGGAUCGUUUUUUUCUGUUCGUAGUAUUACAAAAAUGAAUAUUCAAAAUAAAGCCAACAAAUACGUGUGCCCCAAUGAUCGACAGCUGUCACUUAGAGCCAAACUACGGACAGGCUGGAGUGCUGCCAGAAGCGAGCCACCUCUGACGCCAAGCGAGAGGGAGGCUAUAGCGGCUGUCGUCAAGAGAGCUGAGAAAGUAGAUGAGGUUGAAGCGAAACGAAUCGGACGUCUGGUUGCCCGACUAGAAGGUAUGCGCCGUUCAGCACGUGGCCCUGCGCCGAGGACUUGCCUGCUCUGCGGGGAGACGGCGAGACUCCUGUCUCCGUUGAGGACCUGUGCCGUCUGUCGGAAUACCGCCUGCUCCAAAUGCGUUAUAGAUACACCACCGCAUAGGUCGCCGCUGUAUUCGAGGGAGCCAUACAUGUGUAAUCUUUGCGCUGAAACGCGGGAAAUGUGGAAGAAAUCCGGGGCCUGGUUCUAUAAAUCUGUGCCGAAAUAUACCUUACCUGAAAGGAAGACGACAAGACGCUAUGCUGAAACAGAAUUAUCAAGGACUUUACAGGAGGCGGGCAACAGCAGUAACGAAGGGAAAACUGAUUCGGAGCCAGGAUCCCCGUUAAGCAUACACGCGCCAUCUUUCUCGAGGCAACCUAGCAACACGGAGAGCAGGAAAUCUGUGCCUUCGCCACAUGACGGCCCAUUUGACUGGAAUGAAACUGACAUUCUGACACACGGCUUCAGUGGGUUAAGCCUUCACAGGGCCGACAGUCUCAACCAAAGGCCAUUGGGUUUGAAACGGACAAGCAGUAAAAGCAGUGCUUACAGCGUACGGAACGCGAGAAAGGAUGCACAAAAACCGGUAACACAAAUCGAAAGGGCCCCAGCCAUCCCUGAUGCCGGUUUCGGUACGUUAGAGAUACGGCUGGCAUACGAAAACGCUACAUCCUCGUUAGCGGUCACGGUGCUAAGAGCCAGAGGGCUAAUUGGCAUGGAUAUGACAGGGUUGUCCGAUCCGUUCUGUAGAUUAGAGAUUUUGCCAAAAGAAGGCACAUAUUCGAAUAGACUUAGAACGAAAACCGUUCAUAAAACGAAAAAUCCUGAAUUCAAUGAAACCCUACAUUUCUUUGGAAUCACUGAAUCGGACCUUUCGGUUAAAUCUUUGGAGAUCGUUUUAUUUGACGACGACAGAUAUGGUUGCGACGAAAUGGGCUCGGCGACAGUCUCUUUAAGGGAAUGCGCCAAAUCACCUACGCAAUUACGUCUCGCUUUAUCGGGCGCGUCAGGAUGUGAACCGACCGGCCCGCGUAUUCUGUUAGCCCUCUGUUAUAGUACAAAAAAGAGGGCCCUCAUUGUGACGAUUUGCAGAGCCGCCGAACUACCUUCGCAGGAUAGCAAUGGGUACUCCGAUCCGUUUGUUAAGCUACAUCUUGAUCCAGACCCAUAUCAUAAAAAACACAAAACUUCAAUCAAAUGGCGCAAUUUGAAUCCAGUUUGGAAUGAAGAAUUUCUUUUCGAAACACGACCCACCGAACUUUCGCGCCAAAACUUAACGUUGACCGUGUGGGAUAAAGAUUAUGGAAAACCAAAUGAUUUCCUGGGGAGCCUUAUAUUGGGAGCGAGCAGUAAAGGCAGAAGAUUAAAACACUGGAUGGACUGUAUCAAAUACCCCGAUCACAGACACGAACAAUGGCAUUCUUUGACGGACACCCAACAUCUUUAGAUAGACAAUUCUAAGCAUAAUAUACUAGCAAAAUAUGUACGUUUUGAACGAAAAUAUAACAAUGACUAUAAAAAGCUAA